AUGGCACAGUUUUGUGGAACAAAACUAAUACAUACUUCGUCGUAUCACCCGCAGUCUAAUGGCAUCAUCGAAAACAUACACCGAACACUAAAGUCUGCCCUUAUGUGCCACGAAAAUGAGUCAUGGUUAGAAGCAUUGCCAUGGGUUCUAUUAGGAUUGCGAGCAGUGGCGAAAGAAGACUUAAAGAAUUCUAGCGCAGAACUCACCUUAGGAGAACCUUUGAGACUUCCUGGUCAAUUUUUUAAAGAUCACACGGACAUAUCAACUACAACCGUCAUGGAUAAUUUACAUAGGAUCUUUAGAAAUUUAAAACCACAGCCUACGUCAUCUCAUAGCCCGAAAAAGAGUUUCAUCCAUAAAGAUCUGGACAAGUCUAGUCAUGUUUUCAUCAGGCAAGAUAUGAUAAAGCCGACUCUGACGCAACCUUAUAAAGGACCUUACAAAGUUUUGGAGAGAGGAGAAAAGACUUUUAAACUGGACGUUUCGGGCCAGCCAAAAUCCUUUUCUAAAGACAGACUGAAACCUGCAUACACGACUGCCGAAUAA